AUGUCAUUUUUCCAUUCUAAAUUUCUUUUAUCUUCAAAAAUCAAGCAAGUCACUUGGUACUUGGUUGCAUCAGUGUUGUUGGAGAAUGAAGCCUCAGUGACAGCAACUACUAAAAAAGGGUUUACCCCACUACAUUUGGCAUCAAAGUACGGCAACAUUAAAGUCACCAAGUUGCUGUUACAAAAACAAGCUCCAGUUGAUGCACAAGGAAAGAUGGAUAUUGCAGUUACAUUAUUAGAAUACGGAGCAAAAGCAAACGCUGAAUCAAAAGCAGGAUUUACUCCUCUUCAUCUUAGUUCUCAAGAAGGUAAUGUUGAGAUGACUACUUUACUUUUGAACCACAACGCAGAUCCUAAUUAUAAAUCAAAGAACGGCUUAACACCAAUGCAUCUUACCGCACAAGAAGAUAAACAUAAAGUAGCUGUUGUGUUGGAUAAUUACCAUGCAGAUAUUAAUCCAGAAACUAAAGCUGGGUUUACUCCUUUGCACGUUGCUUGUCAUUUUGGUCAAUUAAAUAUGGUUCGAUUUAUAACCGCUCGUCAAGGAGUUAACAUUAACGCGACUACAGCUUCUGGAUAUACACCACUUCACCAAGCAGCUCAACAAGGCCAUUCUACCAUUGUAAGCCACUUAUUGGGUAAGGGAGCUAACCCAGAUUUAUUGACAARUCAAGGACAAACGGCUCUAUCAAUUUCUCAGAAAUUGGGUUACAUAAGUGUAGUAGAAGCUUUGAAGAAUGUUACAAAAGCUGUACCUUCAUCG